AUGCGUACUCUCUCGUCUGUCUGCUUGUCUGCGCACAUUCUCCCUCGCUCACGCGACUUCUUCAUUCGCGAAGUCUGCGCUCGCAUGGAGCGGUUGCUCCUGAACUCGCUCUGGGUCACGGAGGGUCGCGAGAAAAGAAACGUUAUCAAAGUACGGAUAGUUCGAUGUAUAAAUGAAGAGAAGCUUCCAAGUUAGGACCGCUUGUGACUUCAAACUUCUGGUAUUUUUUCAAAGUUGUAAUAUUACAAACCUCAAUAAAAUCAAAAACUUUCGUUCAGUUUCCCGCGAAUUUCACCAGGGAACCUUUUUUACCCCUCGGUUGAACUUUUGCUGAAAUAAAUUUCUUCGUUUUAUUUUCUCAGUCUCCUUAUCGUAUUUAUUCUUAUUAUUUUACAGGCCAAACGAAUUGUCGCAGUUCGUCCUUCAAGCGCGUCCAUUCCUGCGAGGACAGAGCGCUUCAGGACUUCUACCAUUACUACUCUGGAGAAAAGGUACAUCUUUGGUUCUGGAUCUUAUAUUUCACGCGUUUGCAAGAAUUUUAUUCUGAUUUUGCUCAUUUUUGUUAUCAAAAUAUUCCUAAUUCGGUCGUUCGGAAGUUCUUGAUUAAUAAUUCAUUUUUUACGGAGAGCUUUUUUUCGUGAAUGUUAUAUUUCUUGAGGUCGCCCACAUCUUGACAGUCUUCGUGGGUGGAAACCACGAAGAAGCUGCAUUCCGGACUAAAAUCCCAACGGGGGAAACGGCGCCCAAUAUCCUACAAAAAAACGUGAGUUUUUUUACAUUUUCUAAUAACAGUGAGUUGAACAAGAAACAUUUUUAAUUUUUGAUUUUGAUUUAUUUCUAUUUUGAAAUGUUUAAAGUUCAAAAAAAUUUUUUUAUUUCAAUGCCUAAUUUUUUUGUUGCAAGGGGGAAAAAUGAAUAAAACUUUGAAACAGAAUUUCCGGUUUUUUUAUUGAAAAAAAUGUGCUUCCAGAAACGAAUUUUUUUCGGUUUCAGAAAACAUAAAAAAAGUAUUCUAUCGAUUUUUCAAAGAAAAGUGAAUAUUAUUUUUUUCAGUGAUCUUUGUGGAAAUGGUGAUAAAAUGGAUGAUGGAUUCCCAAAAUAGAUGCCCGUGUCCGCAACCCGCAGUGCUGGGUUGCGGACACAGGGCAUUUUUGGCGUGUUUUAUUGGCACCUGGCUACUGUCCGGAAGGCUCAUCUUCUAAUUUGCUGUGGAGACUUCCAGGUUUUUUUCUUUUUAUUUUCAGUUCUUCACACUUUUUGAAAAGCGUUUCAUUCAAUUUUUCCGAAAAAAAUUAUUUGAAAAGUAACUGUAGAGGUUUUUUUCUUUUUUUCCGAUUUUUCGAAAAAAAACGGAAGAACCAACAAUGGAAAAACAGAAUGCAAUUAUUAUUUUGAGCCUUUCAUUUUUGAAAAAUGUAUUUUUUUACACAACAAUUUUUUUCAGGGAUGUUCGUUGGGAUGGUGAUCAACCGUCAAUCAAACGGCCCCGAUGCAAACAAGAAAGUGAGUCUCGCAAAAAGUUACGUUCAUUGGAUGAGAAAAACGAAAUGAAAGCUUUCAAUUAUAAAUUUGAGAGAAGAAACCGGAAAAUGGAAAAAAUAAAUGGUAUUUUCAGAAAUGCUGGAUGAGAUGGUGAUGAACCUCCAAAAAAUGUGCCAAGUGGAAGCAAUUGGGACAAGGAAGGCAAAGGCUCGCCGGGGCUUCAGAAAUGGAACGGUGAGCUUCAUUUCACUGUAAAAUAUUUCAAUUUUUUUCCCUUAACAAUAAUUGAAUUUACUUAUUUUUCAAUAUAAGUUAAUUUUUCUUUUUGGAAAAUAUUUCAUUUAAUCCCUGCUUCUCGACUUUUACAAAAAAAUGACUAAUUCAAAUCUGAUUAGUUGAAAUCAAACAUUUUUCUUUCAGCCAUCUUGAACGGGAGAGUGAUGUUCUGCAUCGGCAUGUGGACACAAAACCGAGAGGUUUUUUUGUUUCUUUCUGCAGAAGGAUGGUUCACGCAGUUUCCUGGUCCCCCAGAAGGCAAGUUCAUUUUAUAUGUUAACAUACGUUACAAAUUCAUGUGAUUUUCAGUCAAGAAAAACCUAUUUUGAUCAUUUAAAUAAACAAAGAUAGAUUCGAGAGAAAAAAAUGUUGUGUUAUUCCAUUUUUUUAAUGUGAAUUUCUGUUUUUGUCAGUAAAUCAUUUUUUUCGGAAAAGUUAGUGCGAAAGUUGUAACAUUUAUGAACUAGAUUUCUAAAACUUUCAUUGAGAAGUUCAAUUUUUGUCCCAGUACGAGAAUGGACUGAAGAGUUCUAGAAAAACUGAAUGAAAAAAAGUGAGUAUGUAUUUUUUUCAAGGAUGUUCGCUGGGCUGGCACUCAACCGCCAGUACAAAAGAGGAAGGCGAGAAUCGCCGUACUGGGUUGCGGCCAUGGGCAGUUGGGCCUGGCGAGUGUCCAGAAAGAACCGCAGUACAUCUCCUCGUAUGCUGCGGAAACUUCCAGGUUUGGAUUUUACACCUUCGAAAUUGCGUUUCAUUGGAAUUUUCGAAAAAAGAAUUUGAAAGGAAAAUAUGAACUUGCGCACUUUUUCUUACGAGGUUCAAAAAAUAAAAAACAAAAAAAUCAAGAUGCAUUCAUCAUUUUGAUCUUUCUUAUUACGAAAAUUAACUUUUUUUUUCAACUCGACAGUUUUUUUCAGUCAUUGUGGUGGGGAUGGUGAUGGAACACCAUCGAGUGGCCAUAGGGUCCUCACUAUUUUGUCCUUCCGGCACAUCAACAACAACAGAUGCAGUUCGGACAAGUUCCGGUAAGUUUCUUUUCAGUCAGAAAAAUUGAAAAAAAUUAUCACAAUAGAAUUUUUAAAAAAAUUAGAAACAUACGGAGUAAUAAGAAAUAAAAAAAUUAAUUUUUUUCGAAAUAUUACUUUCCUGGAUUUUUGGACUCUCAAUUUCAAAUAUUGAAUACUAAGCUUAUUUUUCUGGACCGUAUAUCUUUUGCUUUCGUGAGAAUUUCUCUCUAAUUUUGCUCAUUUUUGUUUUCAAAGUUUUUUUUAAUUUGGAUUCCUGGGAUUCCCUGAUUUAAUACGUUUCUCACGUGGAGCAAUGAUAUAUUUUUUGAAGGUCGCGCCUAUUUCAACUCUAUUCAUCGGCGAGAAGCGGAAAUUUCUGAAUUUUUGGCGGAAAUCCCAACGUGAAAGGGUGACGCCAAACAUCUUCAACAAGGUGAGUUUUUGAACUUUUUGAUAGCAGUGAGAUAAACAGGAAACAUUUUAGUCUUGAAUAUUUUUUUGAAAUUUUAGUUUUCUACAUCAAUGAAAUAGCGAUUUAUAUAAGUUUUCAGGCAGAAUUUUAUUCAAAACUGACUGAUUCAUUUUCUGCGAUGUUGGUGGGGGUGGUGAUCGACCACUGAUCGAUCUCCUGUUCUGAUGCGGCGAUUACCAGGUACUUUCUUUUUAAUUUCGGUUUUUUUCAUGCUAUACAAAUAACAAAAAGAUAAAAAAACAAGAUAAGAAUUUUUUUCAGUCAUUCUGGUGGAGUUGGUGAUCGGACACCAUCGGUUGGCUAUACGGCCUACAGAAAAAGUGAGUUUUACUGGAAAAAAUAUUCUAAUUGGUAUAGGAAAAAAAGAAAUGAAGAGAUUUUUGUGUUUGACUGUCGUUGUUUCCGACCGUUUUUCUUUCUGUAUGUGGUCGGAUUGGCGGUAUACUCUUUAUAAAGGAUUUGUGAAGGUGCUCCCAUCACAAAAAGACACUUAGUCGGAUUGGAUAAAAUUGGUAAUCCUCGGAAAUUAAAGGAAAAAAUACCCUUCCGACUGCUACUCGAACUUUUUGCGGUACUGUAUAAAUAAAUCAUAUAAAUAGUUUUUAUUUCUGGUGAAAAUUGUUUUAUUGCACGUUUUUAGUAAUACUUUAUUUUGUUGACAAACUAAAAACCCGCCGAACGCUCUGUUUGAAAUAAUACUUUCGAUGAGUGCGGGUUCCAAUUUCUCUCCACAUUUUCUCGGCAUUCUACGUAGUAAAUAAAAUUUUUUUCGUGUCCAACGGCUCGGACGCCUCCAACAUCUCUAACGACUCCGAUGUCUGCGAUGUCUCCAACGACUUCAACGGCUCCAACGACUCUACCGGUGAAAGCGGCUCGAACGCCUCUACCGGUAAAAACGGCUCGGACGCCUCCAACAUCUCCAACGGCUCCGAUGUCUCCAACGACUCUAUCGGUAUAAACGGCUUCGACGACUCCAACAUCUCUAACGACUCCGAUGUCUGCGAUGUCUCCAACGACUUCAACGGCUCCAACGACUCUACCGGUGAAAGCGGCUCGAACGCCUCUACCGGUAAAAACGGCUCGGACGCCUCCAACAUCUCCAACGGCUCCGAUGUCUCCAACGACUCUACCAGUAUAAAUGGCUUCGACGACUCCAAGAGCUCCAAGGUAUCCGACGGCUCCAACGGCUCCAAAUUUUUCGCUUACAUUAUUACUUUCAAUUGCCAGUGAAUAAAUUAUAAUAAUAAUAAUUUUUUUAUUAUUAUCAACGUUUGGGACGGUUCCAAUGGCUCCGCUGGCUGAGAAACCGACGGGGGUUUUCUGCUCCUUCCGUUAUUUUUAAACGAGUAACUUCUUAAAUUUUCUAGCUCAAAACUUUAUUUUCGAAAACUUUUCCUUCCUAGAGCCUUAUUUGGACUAUAAACCUGGCGCAACUUUUUUCGUCGACCAGUUAUAACUUUGAAAAACCUUGCUGGUUGCUCGUCCAAUUUAUAAAGAGUCAUUUUAAAAAAAGCAUAAUUGGAAGAAUCAGAGGGAGUGUGAGUUCUUGACUACGUUUGAAUUACACCGAUAUCAAAAAAUUAUUGAUUGAAAAAUAAAAAAAACAAUUACCUGCUACUGUAUUUUACUUGCAACUUUUUCACGUUGACGUCCGAAAUUCUUGGCGUCAGUUACAGACUAUCAAAAAACUAUUCACUUUUUUCAGAAUUGGUUCGAAAAUGGCGCCAGAGGUCAAACGUUCCGUGCAAACAUUGUCGUCCACCAAAAUGGUACGAAAAUUAAUUAAUUGAAAGUUCAUCCACUGCUUUCUAAGUUAUUUGGAAACGUGAAAAAUGGAAAAAAAAAAACCCAACUCAGAUUUUGCCCCUUCCGAACUUUUUUGGAUGCCAACGAUCGCAAGUAGUUGUCGGUCUGGGGCGCCUUAUUUCGACUUAUGCGAGAUUAUCUUUCUCAAAGUUGGAGAGAACUGAAAUUUAUAUAUUAUUUGAAAUAAGAAAAAAACUUCAAUAACGAUUUUGAAAUUGGUAUCUGUUGAAUUUCGAAAAUCCAUUUCCGUGCACUUCUAAAAAAAGAGGUAAUUUUUUUCAAAGUUCAAUUUUUGUCCCAAUACGGGUAUGGACUGAAAAGUUACAGAAAAAAAAUUGAAUAAAAAAUAGAGUAAAUAUUUUUCAGGGAUGUUCAGGAAUGUUUUAAUUUGGAACUCACUGAUUUAUUUUUCAGCGAUGUUGGUCGGGGUGGUGAUCGACCAUCGAUCGAUCGGCGCCAGACAAAAAGAAAAAGUGAGUUUUGCGAAAAACGAUUUUUCAAUAAGUGAGAAAAUAGAGAAAAUAGGUUUUUUUCAACUUCAGAGAACUAAGAAAAACAUUCAAAAAGCUUUUUCUGUGUAUUUAAACAAUGUUUUUUUGCAGGGAUUUUUGGUCGGGGUAGUGAUCCACUACCGAAUGAAUCAACGACAGCCUGGUGAUCAACCAAAAAAUUUUCUUGAAAAGUUGUGUUUAUAAAAACUGUUUUUUUGUACAUUUUUUCAUGUUGUUUCUUUUUGUGUUUAACGAAAUAAUAAAGUUUGAAGUUUUUUUUCUUCCUGAAAAAAAUCUGUCAUUGUGGAUCAGAGAGAUGUUAUUUCAUCAUGAUUUUCAAAUGAAGCAUUAUCACAUCAUUAAAACGGUCCAAUAAAAAUUCAGAGCGGUUCAAAAUGCAGCAACAUCAUUGCACGACCUCGAUAUUCGUCUUCAUGCGUCGAAAUCGGCUCGGACCCAUCCGGCGGUUUUUCCGAAUUAACGGUAAGCCUAAAAGAUAACUAUUAUCUAUUCCGUACUACAACAAGUUGACUAAUUUUGUUUUUGAAUCUCUUUUUUUCAGUCACGUUGGAUGGCAUGGUAAUGGUCUUGCUCUGAAUCUCAAGUCUGGAAUCGAAGCCCCAAAGAAGUGGGUUUUCACAAAAAGAUAGAAAUUCGUUUUUAAAAUGAAAGUAAUAAAGUUCUCGUUUUCAAAACUUUCAUGAAAUAUUUUGAAGUUCCUUAUAUUCACAGAGAGAAGUUCUUGAAAUGAGAUAAUUUCUUGUAGAACACGGCAAUUCUGACGAAAUUGGUCAGUUGGAGCCACGAAGCGGCGAGGUUUCCGGCCGAGCUUCCAAAUGUCGUGUGAGUGGAUCUUCGACGACCUGCGCUGGUGGAAACCAUAAAGCGUCCGGGCGCUUGGCCGAACUUCCCGAUGGCGGCUGGGUGGCGCCGAACAUUCCUACCGUUAUCUUGGACGGGAUGGUGAGGCUCGUAUGAGCCUCGACUUUUUCGCGAAGGGCCGGAACACCGGAAACAACGGGUGGGUUGCACAAAAAUAGGAAUUUUUUGAAUACAAAAAGUAAGAUAAUCUCAUUCACGACAAUGUUCCACACAGAAUAAGUUAAGGAGCGCGUUUUGUCUUCAAAUCGAGAACUGUUCACUGAAUUCUGUUUUCUUUAUUCACCAGAAGUCCUCAUUUGACUAUAAUACUCUUUCAAAGGUGCCUUUUAAAUUAUACUUUCCUGGAUUUCCGACUCUCAAUUUCAAAUAUUAAAUAUUAAGUUUUUGCUUUUGGUAUUGCAUACAUUCUUCCUUGCUCACGUAAAUUCCUCGUUUGCGAAGUCUGAGAAAAGGUAUAUCUUUGGUUCUGGACCGUUUAUCUUUUGCUUUUGUGAAAAUUUCUCACUAAUUCUGCUUAUAUUUGUUCUCAAAAUUUUUUUAAUCUGGAUUCUCGGGAUUCCCCGAUUUGAUACCUUCUUUUCACGUGGAGCAAUGAUAUGAUUUUUGAAGGCGGCCCCCAUUUCGACUCUCUUCAUUGGCGGAAAACACGGAACGAGUGGCGCCAAACAUCUUCAACAAGGUGAGUUUCUAAGCUUCCUGAUAGCAGUGAGAUGAACAAGAAACAUUUCAGUUUCGAUUAUUUCUCAAUGUCAAACUGUUUCCAGAUCGAGAAUCUGCUUUUUUAAUACUUCAUUUUCACCGCGUGUAGAAAGAGGAAAAAAACAGAAAAAAAAAACUGAAUUGUUAGUUCAUUCAUUUUUAAGAUGUAUUUUGCUUUCAAAGACGAUAUUUUUCGGUUUAAGAAAAUAAUAAUGAUUUUAUCGAUUUUUGAAUCAAAGUGGAUAUCGUUUUUCAGCGAUCUUCGUUGGGAUGGUGAUCAACCGUCAAUCAAACGGUCCCGAUGCAAACAAGAAAGUAAGUUUCGCAAAAGUUACGUUCAUUGUAUGAGAAAAACGGAAUGAAAGCUUUCAAAUAUAAAUUUAAGAGAAGAAACCGGAAAAUGGAAAAAAUUAAGUGGUAUUUUCAGAAAUGCUGGAUGGGAUGGCGAUCAACCACCAAUAGAGCGGCCCACCGAAAAAACUUGGGGCGAAGAGAGCAAAGGCUCGCCGGGGCUUCAGAAACGAGGUCAGUUACUUUUCUUUUGAAAAAAAAUGUUUCAUUUCAUUUUUGCUUCUCGACUUCACGAAAAAAAAGUGACUAAUUCAAAUCUGAUUAAUUGAAAUCAAACAUUUUUCUUUCAGCCAUCUGAACGAGAUGGUGAUGUUCUGCGUCGAUAUGUGGACACAAAAACAAGAGGUUUUUGUUCCUUUCGCGGAAGGAUGGUUCACGCCGUUUCCUGGUCCCCCAGAAGGCAAGUUCAAUUUAUAUGAAAACAUACAUUACGGAUUUAUGGGAUUUUCAGUCGAAAAAACCUAUGCUGAUCAUUUGCAAUAGAAAAUAUAGAUUCGAGAGAAACAAAUUUUUGUAUUUUUACAAUUUUUCAUCUGUCGUUUCAGUUUUUUUAUUUUUUUCAGUGCAUCAGUCUUCUGAAUAAACAAUGAGAAAUUUUAAAAAAAUAUACAAAAAGAGAAUCCUAUAACUUCGAUUGAAAAAAAUAAAUUUUUGUUACAUUACGGACAAAAUAGUUACAGAAAAAAAUAAAUAAAAUAGUGAAUAUUUUUUUGUUCAGGGAUCUUCGUUGGGGUGGUAAUCAGCCGCCAGUCAGAACAAAAAAACGCGGUGCUGGGUUGUGGCCACGGCUUUUCUGACCCGAUUAAUUCGCGUCUGGCGACUUUCGCAGGUCGCAGCGAAACACUGUGAGUUAAAAAUUUAGAUGCUUGAAAAUUUGAACUUUUCUUUUUGUACUUCAUUAAUAGUAUCAUCAUUACAGUGCGGCCACUGCAGGAACCUCGGUAUGCCUGAUUGGAAGACGCACAACCGGUUCCACUGCAAGAGGCUGCAGGACCUGGCCCCUGCAGAACUUGCGGGGCCAGCAAUGAAAACAAUCACAAGGCGACGUGAGUUUUCCAGUCCAUUGGAUGUAUUAAUGUUUUGCGGCGACUAUCAUAUCAUUCAUUUUAAUUCCAGUUUUUUAGAUCAAAGAAAUAACGAUACAUUUAAGUUUUCAGGCAGAAAUUUAUUCAAAACUCACUGAUUUAUUUUCAGCGAUGUUGGUCGGGGUGGUGAUGAGCCACCAAUAAAAACGACGAAAUGUUGUUUAUCAACACGAAAGGAAGGGACACAAUCAAAGCGGCAUCAGUAAAGGUUUGUGAUUUCUUGAAAGUUCUCUGCAAGAAUUAGAGCUUUCUCAUGAAGUAAGAACACUUUUAAUUAUUUGGAAUUAUAAAAUUAUGAACUAGACUCCUAAAAUUUUCAUUAGGGAGUUCAUUUUUGUUCCACUCCAAAAAUGAAAGAAAAAGUGAGCAGAGGGAAAUUUUUUGCAGAGAUGUUCGUUGGAUGUUUCAAAAUCAUUCUUCCUCUUUCAGAAAAUGAAAAAAAAAGGCCAAAAUCGCAAUCCUGGGUUGCGGACACGGGCAUUGGUGUGCGAUUCAUUCGCAGGCGAGUGUCCAGAAGGAGCGGAAUUUGCUGUGGAGACUUUCAGGUACUUUAUUCUAAUUUCGGCUUUUCAUGCUAUUCAAAAAAAAAAAACAAGAUAAAAACUUUUUUUCAGUCAUUUUGGUGGAUAUGGUGAUCGGACACCAUCGGGUGGCCAUAUGGCCUACAGAAAAGUGAGUUAUACUAAAAAAAAAUGAUAAUUGAUAUAGGAAUAAGAAAUGAAGAUAUAUUUUUGUUUGACAGUUUCGAAAAAAGGGAAUUUUUUCGAAUAAAGUCAACAUUUUUCAGUCCUCUUGGACGGGGUGGUGAUAAACCACAUUUAGAAACAACGCAAAGUUGUUGACUCCUAACAGAACGGACACCAUCAAGCGGCGUCAGGUUGGUGUUUUUCUCACAAGUUUCCUGCAAAUUUCGUUAAAAUGGGAGCUUUUUAAUAACUUAAGAUUUUUCAUUCAGCUCAAACGAAAUGACGCGGUUCGCGCGCGCCCGUCUCUGAAAUAGCAAGAAACUCCAAGAUUUACACCAAUACUACUCUGGAGAAAAGGUCAAUUUUUGUUCUGGGUCUAAUAUCUCACGCGUUUGUGGAAAUUUCUAUCUAACAUUGUUCAUUCCAAUUUCAAAAUAUUUUUUAUCUGAAUUUUCGGAAGUUCUUGUUUCAUACUUCUUUUUCACGUAGAACAAAUUCGUGAAUGAUAUAUUUAUUUAAGGUCGCCCCCAUCUUGACGGUGUUCGUUGGCGGAAACCACGAAGUCUCAGGAUUCCUGGUUAAAAUCCCAACGGAGAAUGGGUUGCGCCCAACAUCUACAACAAGGAAAAAAUAUUCUAAUUGGUGUGAGUUUUCAAACUUUUUAACAGCAGUGAGAUGAAUAGGAAACAUUUGAGUUUUUUUAUUGACUUUAAUUUCAAAUUCUUUUUUUCCAGAAUCAAAAUCUGUUGUUUUAAUCCCUCAUUUUUAACCAUGUGUAGUAAGAGGUAAUAAUAAAACUUCGAAACUGGAUUUCCAGUUCUUUUUAUUAUAAAUUCUACUUCACUUUUUAAAUACGAAUUUAUCAGUUUAAAAAAAAAUAAUAAUUGUUUCAUCGAUUUUUUUGAAUCAAAGUUUAUUUACAAAAAGAAUAACGUCUAUUAGAUGAGAAAAAAACGGAAAAACAAAUAAAAAAAUGUUCCCUGUUCAUCAUUUUUUUGAAAGUUAAAAAAACCUGAAAAAAAUAUUUCCAUUUUUAUAUUUGAGAAAAAAAUCAUAGAAAUUUAAAAAAACUGUGUUUUCAGAAGUUCUGAAUGGGGUGGUGAUCAAAAAAACACAUUUUUUUCAUUUAGGCAUGACCCUGUUUUUCAGUUAUCUUGGACGGGAUGGUAAUGCUCGCGUGAUCUCCGACUUCUUCGUGAGGAACCGCAGCACCCAAAUUAGACAAGACGGUAAGUUUUACAGAAAUGAUUAUGCUUUUCACAAUAUCGAAAAUUUUGUUUUAUUUUUUUCCAGAAGGAGCGGGCUCAUCUUCUGAUUUUCUGUGGACACUUCAAGGUUUUUUUCUCUUGAAUUCGGUUUUUCAACAUUUUUGAAAAGCGUUUCGUUCAUAUUUCCGAAAAAAUAUUUGAAAAAGCAACUGUUAUAGUUUUUGCCCUUUUUCCGAUUUUCAAAAAAAAAGGAAGAACUAAAAAAAUAGAAAAACAGAAUGCAAUUAUUAUUUUGAGCCUUACAUUUUGAAAAAUCUAUUUUUUUACUCAAGAAUCUUUUUUUCAGUCAUUCUGGUGGAGAUGGUGAUUGGGCACCAGCGAGUGGCCGUACGGCCCCAAUUAUUUUGUCCUUCCGGCACAUCAACAACAACCGAUGGCCAUAGGGCCUUCAGAAAAGUGAGGUUUUAUUGAAAAAAAAUUUUAUUUGAUAUAGGAAAGAUAAAUAAAGAAACUUUUUGCUGCGUUGAAAUAUUGAAAAAAGAGCAAAAAAAUUUUUUUGAAAAUAUAGUAAUAUUUCUGCAGUAGUCUUGGACGGGGUGGUGAUAAACGAAAAUUGGAAGUAAAAAUAAAAAGUAGAAAAAAACAGAAAGCAAUCAUUAUUUUGAACUAUCUAGUAUUAUUUUUUUUCAUUUUCAGUCAUUCUGGUCGGGGUGUUAA